AUGACAGAGAGGAAACCCGCUGCUCCGACCUCCAUCCCGGCUCCUGUCCCUCUAUCUGUUUUGGAGACUCGACUUCCACAUGGAUUCUGGACUCAUGGGAACGUGGGGGAAGCAUCUUGCCAAGAUACGCAGCGAUGGUUGGUGGUUGCUAAGGCGGUUGCUAAGGUGGUCAGUAAGAUGGUUGCUAAGAUGGUUGCUAAGAUGGUUGCUAAGAUGGUUGCUAAGGUGAUUGCUAAGGCGGUUGCUAAGAAGGUUGCUAAGAAGGUUGCUAAGGCGGUUGCUAAGGUAGUUCCUAAGAUGGUUGCUAAGGUGGUUGCUAAGAUGGUUGCUGAGGUGGUUACUGAGGUGGUUGCUAAGGUGGUUGCAAAGGUGGUUGCUAAGAUGGUUGCUAAGGUGGUUGCUAAGGUGGUUGCUAAGGUGGUUGCUAAGAUGGUUGCUGAGGUGGUUGCUGAGGUGGUUGCAAAGGUGGUUGCUAAGGUGGUUGCUAAGGGGGUUGCUAAGGUGGUGGUUGCUAAGGCGGUUGCUAAGGUGGUUGCUAAGGCGGUUGCCAAGGCGGUUGCUAAGGUGGUUUCUAAGGUGGUUGCUAAGGCGGUUGCCAAGGCGGUUGCUAAGGCGGUUGCUAGGAUGGUUCCUAAGGUGGUUCCUAAGGUGGUUGCUAAGAUGGUUGCUAAGAUGGUUGCUAAGAUGGUUGCUAAUGUGGUUGCUAAGGUGGUUGCUAAAGUGGUUGCUAAAGUGGUUGCUAACAUGUUUGUGAAGGCGGUUGCUAAGGUGGUUGCUAAGAUGGUUGCUAAGGUGAUUGCUAAGGCGGUUGCUAAGAUGGUUGCUAGGAUGGUUGCUAAGGUGGUUGCUAAAAUGCUUGCUAAGAUGGUUGCUAAGAUGGUUGCUAAGAUGGUUGCUAAGGUGGUUGCUAAGAUGCUUGCUAAGAUGGUUGCUAAGGUGGUUGCUAAGGUGGUUGCUAGGAUGGUUGCUAAGGCGGUUGCUAAGAUGGUUGCUAAGGUGGUUGUUAAGGUGGUUGCUAAGGUGGUUGCUAAGGCGGUUGCUAAGAUGGUUGCUAAGAUGGUUGCUAAGGUGGUUGCCAAGAUGGUUGCUAAGGUGGGUGCUAAGGUGGGUGCUAAGAUGGUUGCUAAGGUGGUUGCAAAGAUGGUUGCUAAGGCGGUUGCUAAGGCGGUUGCUAAGGUGGUUGCUACGGCGGUUGCUAAGGUGGUUUCUAAGGUGGUUGCUAAGGUGGUUGCUAAGGCGGUUGCUAAGGCGGUUGCUAAGAUGGUUCCUAAGGUGGUUGCUAAGGCGGUUGCUAAGGUGGUUUCUAAGGUGGUUUCUAAGGUGGUUGCUAAGGCGGUUGCCAAGGCGGUUGCUAAGGCGGUUGCUAGGAUGGUUCCUAAGGUGGUUGCUAAGAUGGUUGCUAAGAUGGUUGCUAAGGUGGUUGCUAAGAUGGUUGCUAAUGUGGUUGCUAAGGUGGUUGCUAAAGUGGUUGCUAAGGUGGUUGCUAACAUGUUUGUGAAGGCGCUCUGUCCCCUCUCUCCUCCUCUCUGCAGCUCUCUCCUCCUCUCUACAGCUCUCUCCUCCUCUCUGUCCCCUCUCUCCUUCUCUCUGUCCCCUCUCUCCUUCUCUCAGUCCCCUCUCUCCUUCUCUCUGUCCCCUCUCUCCUUCUCUCUGUCCCCUCUAUCCUCCUCUCUGUCCCCUCUCUCCUUCUCUCUGUCCCCUCUCUCCUUCUCUCUGUCCCCUCUCUCCUUCUCUCAGUCCCCUCUCUCCUUCUCUCUGUCCCCUCUCUCCUUCUCUCUGUCCCCUCUAUCCUCCCUCUCUGUCCCCUCUCUCCUUCUCUCUGUCCCCUCUCUCCUUCUCUCAGUCCCGUCUCUCCUCCUCUCUACAGCUCUACCUUCCUCUCUGUCCCCUCUCUCCUCCUCUCAGUCCCGUCUCUCCUCCUCUCUACAGCUCUCUCCUCCUCUCUGUCCCCUCUCUCCUCCUCUCUGCAGCUCUAUCCUCCUCUCAGUUCCGUCUCUCCUCCUCUCUACAGCUCUCUUCUCCUCUCUGUCCCCUCUCUCCUCCUCUCUGCAGCUCUAUCCUCCUCUUAGUCCCGUCUCUCCUCCUCUCUACAGCUCUCUCCUCCUCUCAGUCCCGUCUCUCCUCCUCUCUACAGCUCUCUCCUCCUCUCUGUCCCCUCUCUCCUCCUCUCUGCAGCUCUAUCCUCCUCUCAGUCCCGUCUCUCCUCCUCUCUACAGCUCUAUCCUUCUCUCAGUCCCGUCUCUCUUCCUCUCUACAGCUCUAUCCUUCUCUCUGUCCCCUCUCUCCUCCUCUCAGUCUCGUCUCUCCUCCUCUCUACAGCUCUAUCCUUCUCUCAGUCCCGUCUCUCUUCCUCUCUACAGCUCUAUCCUUCUCUCUGUCCCCUCUCUCCUCCUCUCAGUCUCGUCUCUCCUCCUCUCUACAGCUCUCUCCUCCUCUCUGUCCCCUCUCUCCUCUCCAUCCCCCUCUCUCUAUCUCUCUCUCAUCCUCUCCGUCCUCCUCUCUGUAUAUUAUCAUUACAACUAA